AUGGCCUACCUUCUUUCUCUCUCCUUCUUCCUCCUCUUCCUAGGACUCACACAGGCCCACCCUCUCCAGCUUGAUGAGAAGGAUGAGAUGGUCUUCACAGAAGACCCAGAUGAUCUGGUGGACAUCACCACCAGGAUCCUGGAGACCAACAAUGGCACCACAGAGAUGCUGAUGGAAGGAGACGUCAUGGUCCCCAGAACCAGGACUGCCAUCAGGUGCUUGUGGUCCAACAAAUGUCUCUGGGAGAAGAAGAAGUCAGAGAACCUCGUCAAGGUUCCUUACACGCUCAGCUCAGAUUUUGACUCUUACUCCCAGGGGAAGAUCAAGUACGCCAUGAACACCUUCCACACCAAGACCUGCGUGCGCUUCGUCCAACGUAGCAACCAGAGGGACUACCUCAGCAUCGAAAGCAGAUCCGGCUGUUCUUCAUGGGUUGGAAAAACCGGAGGUAAGCAGCUCGUAUCCCUCGAAAAAGGAGGGUGUGUUUACCACGGUACCAUCCAGCACGAGCUGCUCCACGCUCUGGGUUUCUACCACGAACAGAACAGGAGUGACCGCGACAAGUACAUCAGGAUCAACUGGGAGUAUGUUGAACGCGGGGAGGAGCCCAACUUCGACAAAGAGGACACCAACAACCUGGACAUUCCCUAUGACUACUCCUCCGUCAUGCAUUAUAAUAGAUGGUCGUUCAGCACUGUGUAUAGGCAGGAGACGAUCACUCCUAUUCCUGACGCCACUGUGCCCAUCGGACAGAGCUUGGGGAUGUCUGCGAUCGACGUUCAGAGGGUUAACAAGCUCUACAGGUGUUAAAGGGAGGGAAAAGUUGGAGCUGAAUCUGAUGUCUGAAUCUGA